CUCCACUUGCAUUCGGUCUACACUACGCGCCCGCAUUGGCACAUAAGCCCCUAGUGGCUGUCCCAGAUUCCAAUAUACUGCCAUGGAGUACGAGAUCCUUGAUGAGGCUAUCAUCCGAGCACUGCCAGCCGGGUGUGACGUCCUAUCAGUCGUGCCACAUGGAAAAACCCGGUGGUCAGUGGGGCUGCGGGUAGAUGUCCAGGUCCCCUCAAUAGAUCAAGGCGACGACGAUGAAGACGAUGAAGACGAUGAUAGCGAGCAGCAAUUCUUCCUCAAGAUUAUCGAGCGAAGGGAGUGGCUCGCAAUGGCCGAGGCAGAGUUUGAGGGCCAGAAAGCGCUCACACAGUACAUUCCCGACAACGUCGUUGCUCCUCUAGCAUGGGGGCUGCUGGAUAGCGACCCAUCAAAGUCCUUCUUCCUCACCAAGUUUCGCAACCUUCGCGCCCGCUGCCCGCCGUUGGCCCCGUUCCUAGCCAUCCUCAAGAAGCUCCACCAGACUUCUACCUCCCCAACGGGCAAGUUUGGAUUCCAUGUGCCCACAUUCUUCGGGCCGCCGCCGAUGAUCAAUGACUGGACAGAGAGCUGGGAGCACUACUAUGCUAGGCAGUUUGCUUCCGACGUAUCUCUCGUGCAACAUGUGCAUGGCAUAGACGCCGAGCUCCAGGCUCUGACCGAGCAGUUCAUGGACAAGGUGAUUGCCCGCUUGCUUCGGCCCUUGCAGACUGGAGGCAGAAGAAUCCGACCAGUUCUGUGCCACGGUGACCUGUGGGAUGGCAAUGUGCAGAUCGAUGUCGACACACAGCAGCCAAUCAUUUUUGACGCCGUGUGUUUCUAUGGUCAUAACGAGAUCGACCUGCAGUGUAUGGGAGACGCGAGAUAUGUCCUUGGCAUGGACUUUGUCGACAUGUAUAAAGACGAGGUUGGCGCGUCCGAGCCCCAGCGUGACUUUUAUGACCGCCAUAAGAUGUACAGAAUGAGCAAAGACGACAUGCGAGCGCUACUUCAGAAGUAUCCGAAUGGUUACGCGGAUUUUGUAGAUGACGUGGCUGCUGCGGGGCUGGUAGAAUGA